AUGGCGCCGCCGCCGCCGCCGAGCCCCAGCGGCAAAGGCCCGCUCCGCCAAGCAUGGCGGAGCAAUGGGCGCGCGGGCCCCGCGCGGUCAGGCGGCGCCAGGGGCAGCCCGGGGGCCGGGCUGGGCGCGCUGCUCUGCGCCCUCCAUGUGCAGGCAGCCUGUCGGGGCACCACUGUCACACAGGAGCUGCUGAAAGAGGGGUUUCACAGGGAGCUGCUGGUGAAGGUGGAGCUGGGGGAGGAUGCAGCAGGAUGUGCAGUGGCAGCUCAGGUGCAGCUGCCUCCAGGAAUCUACGUGGAUCCCUACGAGCUGGCAGCACUGCAGCAGCACAACCUGACAAAGGCAGUGCUGUUCCCUGGUGCCAUUGACGUGGAGGCCCCCGAGUACUCGGCCAAGGCUCUUGUGCUGCUGCUGUUCCUGGAGGCGGAGGCGCGCUGCUCCCGCUGCCUGCGCGGCGCCGUGCCCGUGCACGCCCGCUACCACCGGCCAGCCCAGGGCACGGCCCACGCCUCCGUGCCCCUGCAGAGCCCCGGGCUGCUGCUCUGCUGCUGCCACGGUCAGCUGUCUGCAGAGUGCUGGGAACCUGCUGAAGUGGAUGCUCCCUGCUCGUCUGACACCACCAGUCCCUGUCAGUGGCACACCACAAAACACAGACCUGCAUAUGAGGAAUCGAUGCUGAGGGUUCCUGUGGGGCUCAGGGAGCACAGUUCCCUGGUGUGUGCCCUGACCCUGCUCACCACAGGGCUCUGCUCGGGCCUGAUCCUCGCUGCUGCCUGCAAGUAUGGACACUUCUCUCAGUGACCUGAGGAACGUGGGGUGUCUGACCCCCAUCCAGCACAGCCAGCUGCAGCUUUCAUGGGCUCCUGGAUGGAUCCUGCUCUGCUCUGAGUUAUAGCUUAGGGGUGCACAGGUCCCACAAUGGGUUAUGGUUCCUUUGGCUCAUAGUGCUUACAAAUGCCUUCUGCAGCCCAGAGGACAUUUUGGGUGUGUUGUCAAAAACCAAAGCAGAUGGAGAGUGGGAAAAAGCUUCAAAAAGCUGAAAGCACUGCUGGGAGUAAUGAGGCAACAGUCAGGAGUGGGUUUGGGGCUCCUAUUCCCUGCUUCCAAUGCAGUGCUACCUCUUGCAGAGGUGUUUGUAUUUCUGUACUCAGGGAUUGGUUAUUAAGGGUAUAAAAAACAUUAUUGAGUCAUUAAAAUUUCUGAAUUUUGA